UGAUGCUUUUCCUGAAAUGUAGGAGGUGCUUUUUAUUCUGCCACGUGGAUCAGGAAAGUACGAAAAGCAUGGUGGCGGGGAAUUAGGAGCGAGCGCGUCGGAUUAGAAAUAGAUCGAACUUGUCAGGCGCCAAGCAGUACCCGCGAGGACUGUUAUUUGUCAGUAGUACGUUAGAAACCGACUAUGUAGUUUGUGAAUGUACCGUUGCCUUUGUACAUGCCACUGAGAUACAGCUGCUUUCAGGAGGUAUAUUUUUUGCGUUCUACCAGUCUGCUCUGACGCGCGAAUAGGCAGGACGCCACGUGGCACGUCAAAAUGGCCACGGCACCGACUCAGGUGACGUGGCAGGAGAUGCAACGCAUGCUGACGUGUCUUCUGGAGGCUACCGAGGUGAUCAGAGUAGCCAAUGACCGGAGGCAGCAGACCGUUGAUCUGCUCGACGAGGCGAUCCACGUGUCGUCCGCUCUUUGGGCCCGUCAGGAGGCUCUAGUCGCGGCGCACACGCGGCUUGCCACCCGGCGCGCAGAGCUGGACAGACUGCGUGCUGACGUGGCAGGAGCGCAGCGUAAGGUGGAGGAAAAGCGGGAGGAUGUGGCGCGGAGAAGAGGGGAGCUUCGGGAGGCGAGAGACUCGUUAAGAGCUGCCUCGACACGAUUACUGGAAACCGAUCAAUUGCUGACUCAGGAAGGUUCCAAGCAGCAGCUGGCAGUGAGGAGACGCCUGGCCACUAGACGACGACGAAUGCUGGUCCAACUGGCGGGAAUCAUCCCCCUCUCGCCCUCCUCCCCCUCCCCCUCCGCCUCCUCCUCUCCCUCCCCCUCUCCCUCCUCCUCCUCCACCUCCUCUCUUCCCUCCUCUACUUCCUCCUCUGCUGUUUCUAUUCGCCCUCCCUCCUCCUCCUCCUCCUCGUCUUCGUCCUCCCGCCCCUCCCCCGCCUCUUCCCCCACUCCGCCAACCGCAUUGCGACACGUGGCAAGUGCGGAUAGCAGCUGGGGAGGUGGUUGGGGGUUCUGGGGAAGAGGGGGAGGGGGAGCGGUUGGAGCUGGGGGAAAAGCAGGCCAGGGGGUAGGGGGAGGGGAAGGGGGAGGGGAAGGGGAGAAUGGCAGGAGGAUAUCGGGAGAUGGUUUGAGGGAGGGAGGGGGAGAAGGAGGAGGAAGUGAGGGAGGGAGUGGAGGUCCAGGAGCUGAGAAGAAUUCAGGGGCGAGGGAAGGCGAGAGUGAGAACGAUAGGGGGGCGAGGGAAGGCGAGAGUGAGAACGAUAGGGGGGCGAGGGAAGGCGAGAGUGAGAACGAUAGGGGGGAGAGUAAGAAGCAGGGGAAGAUGUUUAGCGAGAGUAUGCUGAGUGACAGUGGGAAAGGAAAAGAAAGAGAGGGAGUUGUUCAACCUUCAACAGCAAUGGGAGGAUCAGAUGGCGGAGGGAGGAGAGCAAAGGGGAAAGUUGGGGGAGGGGGAGGAGGAGGUGUGACUAUAAGGAAUGGGGAAAAGCUAGUGGAGAACUCUAGGGCUCGCACUAGUGGCAAGGAUGGCGGCGUGGAUGUGACUAUAAUGGGGCUUCCGCUGAUAACGGCACCACGGUUACAGGCACUGUUCAGCGCAGUCGGCACGGGUAUGGAUGAGAGUCUAAGACAGAGACACGACGCUGCUCUGGGCCUCACUGCUCAGCUCGUCUACUUCUGUGCGCAUUACCUCCAUCUCCCCCUGCGCUACCCCAUUCUGCUGGCGGCUUCCCGUUGCCUCAUGGUGGACCGCCACCCCCCCGCAAGAGUAGAAGCCCAGUUGAUGCAGCUGCAGGUUGGAGGUGGGGAGGUUGUUGGGAGGGGGGGAGCAGGAAAGGGAGGGGGAGGAGGGAGUGUAGGCCCGCAGCAGCAGCAGCAGCAGAGGCAGCGGCAGCAGCUGCUGUAUCGGUCUGCUAGUGACAUGAACCUAUUGACAGGAAAUGGCAACGGGAGCAGCGGGCCCAAGCGGGGCCACAGGGCAGGAGGCAGCAGACCCAGUUCGCCUGAGAGAGAUGGUGCUCGCCCUGCGUCCAAUGCAGCGGUGAUGAGGGACAGGAGAGGAAUGAAAGGGGCAGGAGGUCCGGAUGAUGCUGGGUGGGAGGCGGUUGGGAGGGGUACCAGCCAAAGCAGCAGCAGCAGCAGCACCAACGGCAGCAGCAGCAGCAGCAGUGGUGGUGGUGGUGGUGGUGGUGGUGGUUGGGGGGGGAAUGCAAUGAUAGUGGGUGCAGGCACGUGGGACGUGGGAGCCGCAGUAGGGGCGGUCGGUGGGGGAAUGGUAGGGGCAGGGGGAGUGGAGGUGAAGCUUGCGCUGUACAUAGGGCAGGCGCACGAUGCAGGGAGAUGCGCGUGUGCCAUGGUGCUGCUGGGGAAUGACAUAGAGCAGGUACUUGCAGCAGUGGGGCUGCAUUGGAAAGGCUCGCGUCACCUUCUGCUGUACAACUUGUUUCGCUUCUUUGCUGCGGUGGAUGCGGGGCACUGUAGACUUGCAUGAUUUUGUUGCAUGUGCAUGUUGUGAUCACAUUCAGGUUUUAGUUUAUGGGCGGCUAUAACAACUUCUAGCAGAGUGCUGCCAUUUUAAGAUGCAUAAUCUUCAAUACAUGCUCUCUUGGUGAGCAUAUUUCAAUGUGUAGGGCAA